GGCGCGGGAGUCCAGCCCGUCCUUCCGAACUGGAGGGCACGUCUCUUAGCUGCUUUCUUUCAUUCGCUCAGGCGGAGCUUCCCCGGAGCACAGCCGGGUUCGACUGUGUGUCCGUCUGUCUUCAGAGUUUCAAUAAAGUUUUCCUACCUUGUACGGAGCUCAAGAUGGCGGCCUCCUGGUCGCCCUUGGUUACCCUGCACUCCUUAGCGCGGAGCCGGCUGAGCAGGAGAUGUGUUGGGUGCGGGGCCUGGGCCGCCGCUCUUGUUCCUCCGGCCACCGGCCCUGGGAAGCCCCUUUGGAAAGCCUAUGUGGUUCAACCGCCUGAGAGUGUGACCCCAACUGCUGCUUCAGAGACCUAUUUGAAAGCUUUGGCUGUUUGUCAUGGACCUCUGGAUCACUAUGACUUUCUGAUCAAAGCUCAUGAACUGAAGGAUGAUGAACAUCAAAGAAGAGUCAUACAGUGUUUGCAGAAAUUACAUGAGGACCUUAGAGGAUACAGCAUAGAGGCAGAAGGUCUUUUUUCAAAGCUUUUUUCAAGGAGCAAACCUCCAAGGGGCCUGUAUGUUUAUGGAGAUGUUGGUACAGGGAAAACAAUGGUGAUGGACAUGUUUUAUGCUUACGUGGAAAUGAAGAGGAAAAAACGGGUCCAUUUUCAUGGUUUCAUGCUAGACGUGCACAAAAGAAUACACCGCCUUAAACAGAAUUUGCCAAAAAGGAAACCAGGAUUCAUGACUGAAUCGUAUGAUCCAAUCGCUCCCAUAGCUGAAGAAAUCAGCCAUGAAGCCUGUCUCUUAUGUUUUGAUGAAUUUCAGGUCACUGACAUUGCUGAUGCCAUGAUUUUGAAACAGCUUUUUGAAAAUCUGUUCAAAAACGGGGUCGUCGUUGUGGCAACAUCUAACAGACCACCGGAAGAUCUCUAUAAAAAUGGACUCCAAAGAGCUAACUUUGUACCAUUCAUAGCUGUCCUGAAGGAAUACUGUAAUACAGUUCAGCUAGAUUCUGGGAUAGAUUAUCGGAAAAGGGAACUCCCAGCUGCAGGAAAACUCUACUACCUCACAAGUGAAGCUGAUGUGGAGGCUGUCAUGGAUAAGUUGUUUGAUGAGCUGGCUCAGAAACAAAAUGAUUUAACUAGACCAAGGAUUCUAAAAGUGCAAGGCAGAGAGCUGCGGCUGAAUAAAGCCUGUGGAACCGUUGCCGACUGCACAUUUGAAGAGCUGUGUGAGAGACCACUUGGAGCCAGUGACUAUUUGGAACUAUCAAGGAAUUUUGAUACAGUAUUUUUACGAAACAUUCCACAAUUUACUCUAGCAAAGAGGACUCAAGCUCGAAGAUUCAUAACUCUCAUCGAUAACUUUUAUGAUUUCAAGGUGCGCAUAAUUUGCUCUGCAACAACUCCUAUAUCAAGCUUAUUUUUGCAUCAACAUCAUGACAGUGAGUUGGAGCAAAGCAGAAUACUGAUGGAUGAUUUGGGGCUGAGCCAGGACUCAGCAGGACUCUCCAUGUUUACUGGAGAAGAGGAAAUCUUUGCAUUUCAGCGCACAAUUUCCCGACUCACAGAAAUGCAGACUGAACAGUACUGGAAUGAAGGGGACAGAAGCAAGAAGUAACUGUCACUUUCACAUGAAUAAAACUAGACAAAUGGUUAAUGCAGAAAGAACUCUGUAUUGUGAGACUUGAAGGAAUCAUUUUCUCAUCAUUAAUUAUGCACUUUGUCCUCUGGACCAUUUUAAUCUAAAAUUACUGUCAAAGAUUUAGUGGAUUAGUAAGUUAAAGACUUACCAUUUUCAUAGAUGUACUUUUUGCCUAUUUUUGUGGCCUUAUUUCUGCACCACAAAAUUAAAAUUAUCACUCGUGAAGAUUACUGUAAAAGUAGACAUUUUAGCUUCACAUUGAACUACUUGAAUGAACCUUGAAUGCACAAAUACACAGUAAAUGCAAGUUAUUGGGAUUGCUCUGAGCUUUUGCAGCAUGGUGGUCACACCUUAAAAACCCAUCUUUUAUAAGAGGGAAAAGCAAAAAGUAAACCAUUUUAAUUCAAAACAAAGAAUCUUUCUGAUCUUAUUAUAAGCAGAAGGGAAUAACAUUUCAGAUAUGGGCUGUUCUUCUGGGUUUUUGUCGCUGAAUUAUAAUCAACCCCCUAGCCUUCAGGUUUCCUUAUGUCAGAACAAGUGGGGCCUUUUUUUUUUUUUUUUCUAAGUUAUAGAUGGACACAGUACCUUUAUUUAUUUUUGUGUGUUGCUGAGGAUCAAACCCAGUGCUUCACAUAUGCUAGGCAAGCGCUCUACCACUGAGCCACAGCCCCAGCCCCAAGUGUGGCUUUUAACCCUGGGGUAAGGUUGGCAGGAAGGGCCUGGUCUCAUAUGGCCAGCAUCAAGUCAGGAGCAAGUCAGAUCCUGCCCCCUACAACCCCCUGCAGGCAGUAGGAGGGCAGGUACCAGGAAAGGGCCAGGGAGAGUGUUGGGAGGAGGCAGUCACAGAUUUCCCAACAACAGAGUGGAUGCCUGCACAUAAUGCCAGCCAGAACCUGCUGGACAGCAGGCUUCUUCCCACUGUCCAUCCACACUGGCUCUCUUGCAGAAUGCCACUCCUCCCCUUGCUGCUGAUUCUGCAGAAUUCCACCCAGUAGAAAAUAGGAAAGAGCACUCAACAGAUCGCCUUUAAAUAAAAUUGGACUUGUCCUUCAUUGAGCAUUUCUUAAUUCAUUUAAGUAAACUCUGACUUUGCCAACUAUUGUCAGAAAAGGGGAUCUUCAGAGAACUUAAAUCCAGAGAGAGAGAGAGAGAGAGAGAAAAGAGAAAGGGAGGGAUUGGGAAAAUAAAACCCAGAGUCUUGUGAAAACCAAGGACUACUUGGGGGGUACAUUUAGGUGAAUCAGUUCAAACAAUGAUUACAACAAUUAUCAAAAUAAGUAGGCUCUUUGAACCUACUUAGUAUUUAAGAAUUCAACCACAUUAGUCUAAUUUUGGACUUUAACUGUUGUAAGUCAAGCAGAUAGAUGGAUGGGUACCCAAUCAUAGGGAAAUGUUUAAAUAAGAGCUUCUGAAAACUAAAUGAGGUUUAAAAAUGCUUUCAUUGAAGUAAAACACAGGAAAUUCCAAAGAGAUUAAAUACAUGGAGAGAGGAUGGGAAAUAACCAGUAUGUGCUGGAUUUAAUGCAAGGUAGUAGUUUUCUCAAUUAAAGAAGUAAUCCUAGGAAGUCAAUAUAACCAUCCCUGAUUACAGAUCAAAAAACUGAGGCUUAGAAAAGUGAAGGUGCUUGUCUUGAGAGUCACAGUUGACAAUUAUAAAACUUGUGCUGUGUUUAUCCCACACUGCCACCUACUCUCACUAUGAAAAAGAGAUCAUAUUUAGUAUUGAUUCAUUUUUUUAACUCAGCGAAGAUGCAUUUACAUCAGAACCAUUGCUUUAAACUCAAUAAAUAUGAAAUUUCGACUUUAUUCUUUAAAUCUUAGCUCCUUUAGGUUUCUGUUUUCUCUAAUGCUGGGGACCAAACUCAGUGCCUUGAGCCUGGUAGGCAAGCACUUACCACUGAACCACACCUGGCCCUAAAUCUUAACUUUUUACUUUUUGCAUUUCUUGAUACCUAUUCUGUACCUUAAUAAAAAAAUAUUUAUUUAUUUAUUUAUAGAUAGAGAGAUAUAUAACAUGAUUAAUAGAAAAAUAAACCAUUCCUGAGUGUGUGGGUAUAUGCAGACCAGUGCCCCACUUCAAGUACUGUUGGAAAAGUUCAUCUGAGGUCAGGCAUUUGGAGUAAAAUUUCAUUUUUCAUAGAAACAAUGAUGAAUGUUAGUUAGGACCCUGGUUCAAUGCACAGAAGCCUCUGUAAUUUCCAGUGUAGCUACGUUAUAGUUGUGGUACAAAAAAAGAGUCUUAACAAUUAAACAAUUAGCCAUUACCAGGAAACAAUACAGUGGCUUUACUUAAAGAAAAGUAUAGUUUGAUUAUCCUUUAUCUGCAAUGCUUCGGACCAGAAGUGUUUCAGAAUUGGAAUUUUUUCAGGCUUUGGAAUAUUUGCAUAUUCCUAAUGCAACAUUUUGGGGAUUGGAUGCCAAUCUAAACACAAACUCCAUCUAUGUUUCAAAUAAACCUUAUAUACAUAGACUGAAUGAAAUAUUAUACAAUAUUUCUAGUGUGCCUGUGUUUUAACUAUGACCCAUCAUAUGAUGUCAGGUUUGGAAUAUUCCUGGUGUCCUGGCACUGAAAACAUUUUAGAUGUUGGAGCAUUUCAGAUAUUGGAUUUUCUAAUUAGAGUGCGUAACCUGUAAAACCAAAAUAAAAAAUGAAAACAACUGCUUAGUUGGAAAAUUCCAUUUCAGUUCAUGUGCCUUUCUUCCUGAGUCCUGCCCUGUGCUAUUCUCAGCAGUCCAGUCUUUGUCCCUGAGUUUGUAUAUACCCACUCAGGGCAUACACUCUUACUUGGAUUGUUUUGUAAGUUUUCUCCAAGUCGGAGCUUGGUUGAGCACUGCUGUGGAAGAAAGCUCCAACUCACCUAGAAACCCAGACUGAGGAAGUCAUCAGAGUCAGGGGAAAGUGCUGUGUGCCCAGGGGAUCCUCCAAAAUGAUCCCUAAUCUACAGACUUAACAGGGCUCAAGAGGGAAUAAAGAAAAAAAGUCUCUUAAAAAGUAAGAAAAAUCGGAUUACUGUAUUACUCUUGUAUUUCUUUAGACAGUGCAUGAGUUUAUUUGCUGUUAACAAUGAUCACAAGACAAAUAACAUGGCGGACUUAAAUAAUUGCUAACUGAUUUCUGAGGCCAAAGACUAUUGUACUGUUUUAAUCAAAUGCGUAUCUCCAGAAUGGGAUUUCAAAUUUUAAUCCUGAGGCAAUACUUUAAUGUUCCUGAAGUUUAUUUCCUAUAUGCACAAGUAUGCAAAUAACAGAAAUUUAGAAUGAGUUGGAAUUUUGAAAAUACUGAAAUCACUUGUGAAAAAUGGAUGUGCUCAGGGCUGGGGAUAUAGCUCAGUUGGUAGAGUGCUUGCCUUGCAUGCACAAGACCCCGGGUCCAAUCCCCAGCACCACACACAUACACACACACCAAAAAAAUUUUUUUAAAUUUUUAAAAAUGGAUGUGUUCAUAUCCAUUACUUAAGAAACACAUCAUGCUUACUGUGUCCUAGGCAUGGUCCUAAAUACUUAAUAAGGAGACAUUUUUUUUUUGUUGGGGUGCCAGCCCUAUUUUGUAUUUUAUUUAGAGACAGGGUCUCACUGAGUUGCUCAUUAGCACCUUACUUUGCUGUGUCUGGCUUUGAACUCUCAAUCCUCCUACCCCAGCCUCCUGAGCCACUUGGAUUUCAGGCAUGCACCACUGCCCCUGGAAAGGGGACUCUUGAUCCUUGUAACAAUAGGUAUCAUGUCAUCAUUUUACAGACCCAGGAGGCUGAGGCACAGAAAACAGUAAAACAGAAAACUGAAUUAAGAUACCGUUGGAAUUAGCAAAAUUAUCAAAACGCUAAUUUAUUAAAUUUUCAUCUCACUGUUUCUGUCCUGAAAACAGCUUUGUCCAUGCAACUUGAACCUACACAUGCAGCCCCUUCAUCUGCAAUAAAAAUGCCCUGAGGGAUCAGGUCCAGCAUCUCUGACACUUGGGUUUCUGAUCAAUUAGGGAAAUCCGUCUGGCAGCAAGUCUGUAAGUGAUCUUGUAAAUUAUCUUUGUUAGACCUACCAAUCUCAUAAGAUAUCACUUACUGGCAAAAAUAAUAAUAAUAAUAAUAAUUUUUCUUUGGAAAUGAGUUUACAAGUUUUUAUUAAGACAGAAUUAAGAUUAGUUGUUCUCAUUAGCAUGUUCUCAUUAGCUGUUCAUUUUCCUGGAACUGAAAAUAGAAAAAUAAUAAAAUCUGUCCACGUGUUGAGUGUCUGCUGACUGUAUCCAUCUUCCUCCUAAAAACCUCACAGCUUUACCUUAGUUGGUCACAUGAUCCAAUCAGACCUGUCUGACUACUAACCUUUUGUCUGCUGGCUUGAAGCUCCAGGGUAAUAUCUGUUUGAUUUGCUUCUAGAGGUUGUCCUGAGAAGUGUCCUCUCAGGACUGUACUUUCUGAGUCCCAAGCAGUUGCUUUGACCUCUGUGAUGCAGUGGGAAGGGCUCAAGAUCUGGGAUCGUAAAAUUCAGUUCUGCCAGUUAUUAUUUUGAACCUUAAACAAGACAGAGCUCAGCGCUUCAGUUUUCUCAUCUCAUAAAUGUGAAUAAUAAUGAUCAUUGUAUGGGAUCAUUCUGAGGAUAGUUGGUGAAAAGCACUUUGCAAAUGAUGAAGGAUUAAAUGAAUAUUAGUUGUUAUUGAUACUAGUGAUUGAUUGUGAUUGUAAGUUGGCAUUCAAUGCUUACUCUGCUUUAUCACCUUUUGAAGACACACCCCAAUCCGGUGGUUUGUAGCA